GCCUUCUCUCUCAGUGAGUGAGCCCUUCUCCAACCAGUAGCAAACCUAAAGCCCCAGGCGAAUAAGGCCAGCUCUGAAAGCAAACGAUCGCAUCUACAAACAACAUCCCUACCAUUUUGUCAACCUCCGCACAAAAACGCAUCGACGUCGCACCGAACGAACCCUCUUGCUACGACACUUCGAAUUAACAACAUUGUAUUCCAGCAGCACCUCCACUUUGUUGAUCGCGACAAACCUCUACAGUCAAUCAUGAAUAGGCCAGGUAGGACGCACCCCCCACGACGUUAUUCCUUCGCAGCCCAGACCCCGCGCUGCCAGCGACAUCUGCAAAAACCUUCGUCAUCUUUCGUAAUUUUUUCGGCAUAUUAUCAUGCGAGAGAGAGCUGUGCGCCAGCACUUACGCUCACGAGCCUUGUGAAACUCCCUUGACGGCUUUCAACCCCUCCGCGACCCUCAUUGACCUUGUUCGGAUGUCGCCACGAUCGCUUCAAUGGAUCUAAACGCGGAUCAGGAUCAGGCUGGGGGCAUGUCGGAGAGAUUGCCAUGAGCAGAGGCUGGAUGGUCAAGCAAGCAAGCGAGCAUUGGCAGGAUAACGCUGACGAUGUCAUCGAAUCGUAGGGGCAGUGCCACAGACACUCCGCGGGAUGCCUGGUGGCUUUGGAGGUCAACAGCAACCCCAACAACCAGGACGAGCAGGAACGAAUCGAUUACCGAACGGAAAACUAGGUAUGCGCUUCAGAAGUGAUUGCGAUCUCCGCGCUGUUGUUUUGGCUGGGUUGCAUCGAAGACGGCCUUAGGCUAAUACCGGGGGACAAAUAUAGGGAACAAUAACUCUGGCUGGGCGUUUGGAGGGGUUCCCAUGGCUGGAGCAGGUCCCCAAAACGCUGGACGUCAACUUGGCGGAAACGUGAGCUUCGCACAGAGCUUGUCGGGCUCUCAACCUGCAACAUCACUCGACCUAUCGUACGUAUAUGGCUGCGGCACACAUCAUCGGAGCUUCAAUACCUGUCCGGUAUUGAAUUAUUCGAAUCGAAGCUAGUCACAAUGACGCGCUUGCUAAUGCAGACUAGCGAAUUCCCAUCAUUAUCGAACAACGCCCAGAUGUCGAACCCCAACCAGUCGUCUAUGUGGUCGACAGCUGGAUCGCGAAACCUGGGUGGUCCCAGUCCGCGCAACCAAGCUACCCCUCAGCAAGGUGGCCAGGAUGAUAUGUUCAGUCCCACCUCUUCCAGAGGGCAAGGCGGGUUCAGAUUCGGUAACCAAGGCAACAUUGGACAACAAACUCAAUCAAGCAGCGUUGACGACUUUCCACCACUGAACCAGACCUCGAAUGGUGAGAUGGGAUCAGAUCGGACGGCGAGCUUGAUGUCAUCUUUAGGCUUCAGCUCUCAGGCCGCCGGCGCUGGACCCUCAGCAAGCAAUAGGGGGAAUGGUCUUCUGAACGCAUUGUCGGCUAACAGCCGAGCGAAUGAAGCCAGGUCGCCGCCUGGUAUUGGAGCCCCUGGCUCUUCAAGACCGCAAGACGGCAAACCUCCUGGCCUGGAAGAGCCCCGGCAAAAGUCUUCCAAGGAGGAUGCGGUACCAGACGAUGCUUCUAAUGCAGCGGAUUAUAACAACGCGGACUAUAGCGCCACGAAUUAUGUGGCACAAACCAUGCAAAAGAGACUCGAUACUGAGGACGUCAUUGACCCUCUAGAGGGUAUGCCAGCAUCCGACAAGUGGGGUCUCAAGGGCUUGACAACGUUGAUGAACAACUAUCCUGACUACCACGCGAUGGUUGUGGGAAUGGACCCUAACUCGCUAGGACUUGACAUCAAUUCUCAAGAGUUGUUUUCGACUCAGAUUUACUCGCUGUUUGAUGACGCACCUCCUCGGCCAGUCCUUUCCAAUGGAAGAUUUCGAUUGCCGGAUUGUUAUAACGUGACAAAUGUGCAACCUAUCGAGAGUAAAAUUCAGAGUUUCAAUGAAGAGACUCUAUUUUGGAUCUUUUACAGCUGUACGGCAGAUGUAAAGCAACAAAUGGCUGCAGUUGAGCUACAUUCACGAAACUGGAGGUGGCACAAGAAACACCAGAUCUGGUUGACCAAAGACGAGCACAUGACUCCUCAAAUACUGAGUCCUAACCAUGAGCGAGGCUAUUACGUCGUCUGGGACACAAACUCCUGGCGCAAAGAGCGUGUAUGUGCAUCUCGGAGGGUUUUAGACGAUAUCAUCUAACAAGCGCACAGAAAGAGCUCACUCUACACUAUGGCGAUCUAGAUACAACGCUGGGCCAGGCGCAGGUUGUGCCUUGAUAGGAGGAGUACUGAGCACCACGAUUGGAGAGAAUUUCCUUUGGAACAGGUGUGCAUGGGUGACUGAUACGUGAGAAACGUAUAAAGGGGCGUUACGGCAUCAAGACAGGGCAACUGUUUCUCGUGGGGAUGGGAUCGGACCUGGGUUAUGAAUGAACGCUCUUCCAUCACUGAGGGCUGGCUUAUCGCCUGGAUAUCGGACUGUCGUGUCAAUAAAUGAUGCUUUUCAGUUCUGCGCAAUAACUGUUUGCCUUGAAUGUUAUGACAUGUAUGAGAAUUCGCCGCGGCCGCAUUGGACGACAGGCUAUGGUUUGACUCCAGUUAUUCUAAUCAAUUAUCAAGAAUCAGUAUUUGAAAGAGCCCG